AUGACAACACAAACUGCGGACACUGGCCAAAAUGUUUUUAACUGCAUCCAAGCUCUCCUACUCCAGGAGCGGCAAUUAAAGCUCUACCAAGACCAAUUGGAAUCCAAGAUCAAUAGCGAUGCGGCAGAAUUCCAGCGCUUACGUGCCCAUACCUUGCAGUUACAGAGGGUGGUUUGUGGACUGCAGUACCAAAGAUCGCAGCUUGAGACCUCAUUAGCCCACAUGGCAGAGGCCUGCAGGGUUAUGGCCCGAGAUUUGGGGCUUGAAAAGUCUAAAGUGCAGGAGCUCGAAUCUCGUCUCGCCGAAUUAUACCCAAGUGUUGAAUCUCUGUUGCAGUACUUGGCCCCCGGAGAGCACAACCGCCAGCAGCUGAAUAAUGAAGGGGCGAAUGGUCACCUGCUCCUUGAAAAUCAACGCCAGCGAGAACUGAUCUUCAGCCUGGAAUCCAGCCUCCAGGAGCGCGAGGAAGCGAUACGAGAGCUUAAAUCCAGGCCUCAAGAGGCGAUACAAGCUUUUCAAUUGACGAGUUAUAACCAGCAUCAGCCAGAUCGACUGGUUCCAGACGUGUUAGCUGGCAGUGCAUCGGAAGAGUCAAGCGUUGAGAUCCUCACAGGAAAUCCUCUUUCCUUUAGUGAAGAAGCGAGAGAAUCUUGUACAUAG